AUGAACUUGUGUUUCCGUACUCUUCCCAAAUUGAUGGCUCGGUCAAUGACCACCGUUCCAUCUGGACAAUUGCCUUACUCUCUUGCUGAUAUACGGAUUGGAAAAGUGCUCAGCGUACGCGAGCACCCAGAGUCCUACAAGAUGUAUAUUACGCAAGUAUCAUUCGGUGGGCUUGGGACAAAACAGAUAUGCACAGGUUUGAGAGAUCAUGUACCGACCUCCGAGAUGCAAGAUUCACUAGUGGUCGUGUUGAACAACAUUAAGAAAUGCAAACUUCGGGGAGAAGUUAGCGAAGCGAUGAUUCUCUGCGCGGAAUACUCACCUCAAGAAUCAAAGCCAUCCGUGCAGCUCCUACAACCAGCGAUCUCUUCACCAGAAUUCUGCGGCGCACGGGUGCUUGUCGGCGAUUUGCUGGGGAAGGAGGUAGCCCCGACAUGCAGGAGGAUCAAGCCCGCUGAGUGGGAAGAGCUUUCUUCCCGCCUUUAUGUGGACAAUAGCGGCAGAGUAGUGCUGCAAUCAGAAGGGAAGGAGCUGCCCCUUUAUGUCAGAGAUAAUAUCGGCUCAUUGCACUACAUAAUGGCCAGCAGCAUGCCUACAGGAAGUCAAGUAAGAUAA